AUGGAGGACAUUGCAACUCUAUCAGACGAGACUGGAUUGGAGGUGCUUGGUGCAGAGCCGAGUAUGGGAGCCACUGCAUUUAUGCCUCCAAAUACUGAUUUUGCAGGCAGCACUUUCAAGGCUCGAAUGGAGCAGUUCAAAUAUUCCCCUUUGAAACAAGCAGAUACGAUGCGACGCUCCCCUCGACUUGCUAGUCCGCGUGCGUUCGCCGCCUCCAAGGCAGGAAGCGCUUCUCCGUCGCCGAGAAAACGGCUUCGGUUGCAGCAACACGACCAGACCGAGGAAGACGGCGAGAAUACUGUCAAACAGGAGGAGGAUAGUCUAGAGUCCAACAUAUCCACGGCCCCGAAGCUGAAGAAGCGAAGGAGCACGACCAAAGAGCGAGCAUCCAAGGAUCUGUACAAUCCAGUCAACAAUCUGGUGGACAGUCUGCGGCCUGGCUUGACCCUGGUAUGCAUCGGCCUCAACCCUGGGCUCAUGACAGCCGCAACGGGCCAUGCAUAUGCCCAUCCCUCCAAUCGGUUCUGGCAUCUCCUUCAUACUUCUGGCAUUACUCCCAAGAAGCACCUCCCAUCUGAGACGAGGGAUUUGAUGGAUCUUUACCAGAUUGGCAAUACGAACAUAUGCGUUCGGCCUACCAGGAGCGGAGAUGGGUUGAGUAAGCAGGAGAUGGAAGAAGGCGCUAUCGUCCUUGACAAAAAGAUUGCUCUUUACAAACCGGAGGCAGUGGUGAUAGUUGGAAAGGGCAUCUGGGAAGCCAUUUGGAUGGCUAAGAAAGGCCAGAAGAAGUUCAAUGAUCCAGAUUUCCAUUGGGGUUGGCAGGACGAGGAGAUGCAAUUGGGGAGGGUCUGGGAGGAUGGACACCUGGCCUGGCCAGGUGCAAAGACAUUCGUGGCCACCUCUACCAGUGGGCUGGCGGCUACGCUGACGCCAGCCGAGAAACUGGCGAUCUGGAGGCCGUUGGGCGACUGGAUGACGGCCAAGCGCAAGGAAUCCGAGGCUGCCAGUGGCAAGCUGGUUGAAGCAUAG